UAGUGUCGGUGUGGGGCGGUGGUGGGUCCCUCUGCUCUGUGCUGCCAGGGUCUGUGCCAGGCUCUACCAGCCCACCUGGGCUGAGUUCCCCGUCCGGAUAUUCGGGGCUUUAUCUUAUACAGGUGUCUAUUACCCAACCCACCCCGGACUGUCCGGUCACCCUCCCCGUGCAACACAAGAGCCAUGGCCUGGGGGCUGCUGCUGGCUCUCUGCGGGCUCCUGGCACCAGCUGCAGCUGGCGGGCACCACAGCCUGUCCGUGCUAGUCACAGCCAUCAUCAACGAAGAUGGGACCCAUCACUUCAUCAUGAUCGCCCGGCUGGAUGACGUUAAGAUCGCGAACUACAGAAGUGACACGCGAGAGGUCAGACCCACUCAGGAGUGGGUGGCACGGACCCUGGGCGCUGAGUAUUUCCAGGAAAAGACCCAGCAGUUCUGGAGGCACGAGGAGGGCUCGAAAGUUGAGACCAGGAGGUGGAUGCAGCUGUACAACCAGACGGGCGGGAUUCACACCGAGCAGGUUCACGUGGGCUGUGCCCUGAGCCACCAGGCCCCCAUGGACCCGAGGUACCAGUUCGCCUACGAUGGGAGGGACUUCAUCAGCUUUGACAACCAGACUGGGACGUGGGUCGCGGCCGUGCAGCCGGCCUUCCUCCAGAAGCAGCGCUGGGAGGCAGAAAAGUUGUGGACUCAGUACGUCCAGCAUGUCCUGCAGUCCGAGUGCCUGGGGACCCUGCGGAGCCUGGUGCAGCGGGGAAGUGCGGUGCUGGAGCAGCAGGUGUCCCCCAAGGUCUCCAUUUCCCGCACAGACUCUCCCGACGGUUCUGUCAUCCUCUCCUGCCGCGCCAGGGGCUUUUACCCGCGUCCCAUCCACGUCUCCUGGGUGCGGGACGGAGAAGACAUCCUGGCGGAGAAGUACUCCAGCGGGAUCCUGCCCAACGACAUUCACUCAUACUACACGCAGUCGUCCCUGGAGAUCUCCCCGCAGCAGGAGGACGGGCACCGCUACGCCUGUCGGGUGGAGCACAGCAGCCUGCCGGAGCCCGUGCUUGUCUGGGAAAUGGCCGAUCCCUCAGUGAAUCUCAUUAAGUUUCUGGCCGUGGUGCCAUCCAGUGUCAGUGAGUUCCACAGGCUGACGACCCCCUGGGAAGAAGGACCCCCUGCACCCCGGGGUCCUGGCCGCCAUCGUCCUGGCCGUGCUGGUUCUGGCUGGAGCCGUAGGGGCCGGCGUCGUCCUGUGGAGGAGAAAAUCAGCAGGCCCCUACGCUCUGGCAGCCACAUAGAUCAGAGAAGAUUCUGCCUCCCGCUCUUCAUGGGGGCAGACACCCGGAGCGUGGGACGGGACCCCGGCGUCGGGGGAGCCCUGCCCAGCCGUUGACCCUGCUGUCUCCGUGAUCUCUGUCCACUGACUCCCUUCUGCUCUGGGGGAGAUUCUGGCGUGGCUGUUAGAGCAGUUUUCUCCUGUGGUGUUGGGUCUUAGGCUGUUGUAUUGCAGGGUUUGCAUCUCUCCUGCAGCUUGUUCAUUCCAAGUCACCGGUCACUGGGCCCUUCUCCGGCCAGGGCCAGGGGCGGCUCCA